ACAGGCCCAUGCUGAGGCUGGAGCCCUCCCCCAGGCUGCGGGGCCACCGGCCUGGCCUCCUGCCCAUGUUCCUGGCUCUCCUUGGCAUGACCUGGGCAGAGGUGUGGCCCCUCCAGCUGCAGGAGAAGCAGGUUCCAACGUCUGGAGCCCUGAGCAGGAAGGAGAGCUUCCUGCUCCUCUCCCUGCACAACCGCCUGCGCAGCCGGGUCCACCCCCCUGCAGCCAACAUGCAGAGAAUGGACUGGAGCGAGAACCUGGCCCGACAGGCUCGGACCAGGGCAGCCUUCUGUGGCGCCCCGGCCCCGAGCCCGGCCUCUGUCCCCCGGGCCACCCCGCAAGUGGGCUGGAAUGUGCAGCUGCUGCCCGCGGGCUCAGCAUCCUUCAUCCAUGUAGUAGGCCUGUGGUUCUCAGAGGGGCAGCAGUACAGCCAUGUGGCAGCCGAGUGUACCCCCAACGCCACCUGCACCCACUACACUCAGCUGGUGUGGGCCACCUCGAGCCAGCUGGGCUGUGGGCGGCAUCCCUGCUCUGGGGCCCAGGCUGGGAUGGAAGCCUUUGUCUGUGCCUACUCUCCCGGAGGCAACUGGGAGGUCAAUGGGAAGACCAUCGUCCCCUAUAAGAAGGGCGCCUGGUGUUCACUCUGCACGGCUAGCGUUUCAGGCUGCUUCAAGGCCUGGGACCACGCAGGGGGGCUCUGUGAGGUUCCCAGGAACCCAUGUCGCGUGAGCUGCCGGAACCAUGGACAUCUCAACGUCAGCACCUGCCACUGCCACUGUCCCCCUGGCUACACAGGCAGAUACUGCCAAGUGCGGUGCAGUGUGCAGUGCGUGCACGGCCGGUUCCGGGAAGAGGAGUGUUCCUGCGUCUGCGAUGUCGGCUAUGGAGGAGCCCAGUGUGCCACCAAGGUGCACUUUCCCUUCCACACCUGUGACCUGAGGAUUGAUGGCGACUGCUUCAUGGUGUCCUCAGAGGCAGACACCUAUUACGGAGCCAAGAUGAAGUGCCAGGGAAAGGGCGGGAUGCUAGCCCAGAUUGAGAGCCAGAAAGUGCAGGACAUCCUCGCCUUCUACCUGGGCCGCCUGGAGACCACCAACGAGGUGACCAACAGUGACUUUGAGACCAGGAACUUCUGGAUCGUGGAGCCCAGGGAUUUCAGGUGUGGGGCCAACCCUGGCUGCUGUGGGCUCACAGGGCUCACCUAUAAGAUGGCUAAGGACUCCUUCCGCUGGACCACUGGGGAGCACCAGUCCUUCACCAGUUUCGCCUUUGGGCAGCCUGACAACCAGGGGUUUGGCAACUGUGUGGAGCUGCAGGCAUCGGCCGCCUUCAACUGGAACGACCAACGCUGUAAAACCCGAAACCGUUACAUCUGCCAAUUUGCUCAGGAGCACAUUUCCCGGUGGGACCCCGGGCCCUGAGGCUCAGCCAGGCCUCCCCUCUGCCAGUGCCUGAGUGCACAGCCCUGCUUGCCUGUCUGCCCACCUGUCUGAAACAAGGGCCGGACUGUGACUGCAGGCCCAACAGCCAAAGAGGUCUCAGACCUUUCAGGAAGUGGGGCAAGGGGACAUGUGAGGUUGACAGAGAGCCUGACAUAGGGGGAGGGGAGCCUGGGUCCCCCAAAGACUGCUUUUGGUUGGGAGGAUGGAUCUUAAUUAGGCACUGAAACAGGAGUCUGGGCCAGCGGUCAGAAGAGGCCAUUCUCCUCCAACUGGGCUGGGCCCUCUGGGGCAGAUGGAGGUUCCUUACUGCCCAGGGUGCACCACACAAAGGAUUAAACUAAGUUAUGGAUCAAA